CCUGGAGGAGCCGGCGUGGUUGCUCUCGGCCGCCUUCUCUCCAUUAGCCACAGCGAUUGGAUUUCCCACCCAGAAUCUUUAGGUAAAUGAGAUCAUGAUUCUGGAAGGAAGUGGUGUAAUGAAUAUCAACCCCAGCAACAACCUCCUUCACCAGCAGCCAACCUGGACCGAUGGCUACUCCACGUGCAAUGUUUCCAGCGGGUUUUUUGGAGGCCAGUGGCAUGAAAUCCAUCCUCAGUACUGGACCAAGUACCAGGUGUGGGAGUGGCUCCAGCACCUCCUGGACACCAACCAGCUGGACGCCAGCUGCAUCCCCUUCCAGGAGUUCGACAUCAAUGGCGAGCACCUGUGUAGCAUGAGUCUGCAGGAGUUCACCCGGGCUGCGGGCACGGCGGGGCAGCUCCUCUACAGCAACUUGCAGCAUCUCAAGUGGAACGGCCAGUGCAGCAGUGACCUGUUCCAGUCCACACACAAUGUCAUUGUCAAGACCGAACAAACCGACCCUUCCAUCAUGAACACCUGGAAAGAUGAGAACUAUUUAUACGACACCAACUAUGGUAGCACAGUAGAUUUGUUGGACAGCAAAACUUUCUGCAGGGCUCAGAUCUCCAUGACAACCACCAGCCACCUUCCUGUGGCAGAGUCACCUGACAUGAAAAAGGAGCAAGACCACCCUGCAAAGUGCCACACCAAAAAGCACAAUCCGAGAGGAACUCACCUAUGGGAGUUCAUCCGAGACAUCCUCUUGAAUCCAGACAAGAACCCGGGGUUAAUAAAGUGGGAAGACCGAUCUGAGGGUAUCUUCAGAUUCUUGAAAUCAGAGGCUGUGGCUCAGUUAUGGGGAAAAAAGAAAAACAACAGCAGCAUGACCUAUGAAAAACUCAGCCGGGCUAUGAGAUACUACUACAAAAGAGAAAUUCUGGAACGUGUGGAUGGACGAAGACUGGUCUAUAAAUUUGGGAAGAAUGCUCGGGGAUGGAGGGAAAAUGAAAACUGAAGCUGCCAAGCCUUUGAAUACAAACCAAACCCAAACAACACACAGAGAACACCAAAUAACAAACAGAGAACUCCUGGACGUAAAUAUUUCGAAGACUCCUUUUCUCUGAUAUUUAUGUACCAUGAGGGGGAAAGAGAAACUGCUUCUAAUGGGAAGAAGAACACUACAGUGGAUAAAAAAUUAUUUUGUUACUUUGAAGUAUGUUCUAUAUGGGGAACAAACGUACACAGUUUUCUGUGAAAUACGA